AUGCAGGAAACCGACAGCGACCUAUCCUCACAUCCACUCUCUCUCCAAGCUCUGGUAAAGGGGAUUGACGAGUUCCCCUUUGUCCAUUCAUCAACACUAGGUCAGUUGAUGCUGACAGGAGAGAUGGCAGUGCCUGUGGUGGUGACCCCCAUGGGGCACAUCCUUAUUGCAGCCUCUACUUAUGGAAAAGGGCGGGUGGUGGUGGUGGCACAUGAAGAAUAUAUUCAGUUUUCAGCAAGGAUGCUAGAAUUUCAGCAGUUUGUACUAAAUGCUGUGGAGUGGCUCACACCGGAUCCAGAAUCCUGGGUGGGAAUCAAAACGCUGAAUUUCCUGGGUGGCCUCCUGAAAAGGGCUGGCUAUAGGGUGAAGAUAGUUCCCUCGUAUAAUGGAUCAGUAGGUGUCUUCUGCUGUGAUGCUUAUGAUGAUGAACAAGCUGAAGAGCUGGUAGAAUUUGUAAGGAGAGGUGGUGGUCUCCUCAUAGCAGGUCAGGCUUGGCACUGGUCCAGCCUUCACGAAGAGAAGGAUGUGCUGAAGUGGUUUCCAGGAAACAAAAUAAUUGGACACACUGGGAUUUUCUUCACUGAGAUAUAUGUGCUGUGUCUCUCUAUCCAUCUGGUGGGUAUAUCAACAGCAGGGGAAGAGGAUAUGGACAGAGAUGAAGAAAGAAGAAUUUAUGCUCAGUCUGUGUAUAGAGCUCUGGUAAAGGGGAUUGACGAGUUCCCCUUUGUCCAUUCAUCAACACUAGGUCAGUUGAUGCUGACAGGAGAGAUGGCAGUGCCUGUGGUGGUGACCCCCAUGGGGCACAUCCUUAUUGCAGCCUCUACUUAUGGAAAAGGGCGGGUGGUGGUGGUGGCACAUGAAGAAUAUAUUCAGUUUUCAGCAAGGAUGCUAGAAUUUCAGCAGUUUGUACUAAAUGCUGUGGAGUGGCUCACACCGGAUCCAGAAUCCUGGGUGGGAAUCAAAACGCUGAAUUUCCUGGGUGGCCUCCUGAAAAGGGCUGGCUAUAGGGUGAAGAUAGUUCCCUCGUAUAAUGGAUCAGUAGGUGUCUUCUGCUGUGAUGCUUAUGAUGAUGAACAAGCUGAAGAGCUGGUAGAAUUUGUAAGGAGAGGUGGUGGUCUCCUCAUAGCAGGUCAGGCUUGGCACUGGUCCAGCCUUCACGAAGAGAAGGAUGUGCUGAAGUGGUUUCCAGGAAACAAAAUAAUUGGACACACUGGGAUUUUCUUCACUGAGAUGUCUGGAGAAAAUGGAAUCUUCAGAGUUCCCGAUGAUGUUCCUCAGAUCCCAUAA